GCGCAAUCAGUACGUGAAGUUAAUGAUUCAAUUUAUGGCUUGAUUGAAGCUUCUGCACAAGCUGCUUAUCUCGUAGGCGUAUCUGAUCCAACCAGCGUUGUCGGUCGUCCAGGAUUGGUUGACCAAGCCCAAUUUGCGCGUGCAGCGCAGGCGAUUCGAACUGGCUGCGAUGUUUUGGUUAACCCUACUUCAACCCAACCACAAGUGUUACAAGCUGCUACUCUCAUUGCAAAACAUACAUCAGCUUUGUGCAAUGCAUGCAGAAUUGCCAGUAACAACACUCCUAACCACGUGGCUAAGAGGCAAUUUGUACAAUCUGCUAAAGACGUCGCGAAUAGCACUGCCGCAUUGGUAAAGGGAAUUAAAGCACUAGAUGCAGAUUAUUCUGCUGAAAGUAGAGAAUCUUGUGUUCAGGCAACGAAACCUUUAUUAGAUGCUGUUUCAUCGCUUUGUGAAUUCUCAAAUAAUCCACAAUUCGUAUCUAUACCAACAAGAAUAUCAGCCCAGGGUCGCAAAGCUCAAGAGCCCAUUCUAACUAGUGGUCAUAGUACUUUGAAUGCUUCUGUGAAUAUGAUAGUAGCUGCAAAAUCUUUGUCCCUUAAUCCAAGAGACCCACCUGCAUGGCAACAAUUAGCAAGUAACAGCAAAGAUGUUAGUGAUUCAAUCAAGAGUCUUAUCACUAAUAUAAGAGAGAAGGCACCUGGUCAAACACAGUGCGACACAGUCAUCCAGCAAUUGAAUGACUGUGUGCGUCAUUUAGAUCAAACCAGUAUUAAUGUUGUAUCAACAGUAACUCCGAGCCAAGAAAACACCUUACAAGGUUUCCUGAGCCAGAUGAGCAGUACAUCCAAUGAGCUAACAGACAGAUUACCUCCACUACAAACAGCCGCUAAAAGUGAAGCUGAAAAUUUGGGUCAUACAAUAUUACAAAUGUCUCGUUAUGUCGAAGCUCUUGUCAAGUAUGCUGUGGGUGCUGCAACUCAUUUUGUGCAUUCGUCUCAAAGAUUACAGCUUUUGGAAUAUACUAAAAGUGUUACCGAAAAUGCUAUUCAAGUAGCUAAUCUUGCUAAACUGACUGGAGGAAAUCCCAGGGCUACACAAUAUCACGGAGAACUGGAUGAAGCUAUUGAUUCAAUGAGAGAGUCAAUUACUGAAUUAAUAACUUCUCUUGAUGAUUUAUCAACACAAAAUGGUUUGGUAAAUGGCUUGCUAGAAAGUAUUAACCGAGCCAUGUCUCGAGUAAGUGAUAGAAGAUCAUCUUUGCUUGUUACUUCUUCAUCAGACACUUUUGUUGAUUAUCAAACAAGAAUGGUACAUGAAGCUAAAGAAAUUGCCAGAAUUGCUAAUGAGAUGAGUUCAAAAGCUGUUGCUGAGCCUGCUGCUUUGCCUACUUUAUCUGCAAAUCUUACUCACCACUACACGCAGUUGGCAGAUGAUUCAUUUGGAGCAGUAUUAAACACAAAUCUUUCAGAUGUUGGAAUGAAAAUCAGAAGCACAGUUCAAGAACUUGGACGAUCAUGUUCUCAAUUAGUUGAAUCUAGUGGGGCAUACCAAAUGCAACAAGGUGAUAGUGCUUCUUCUACAAUUUCAAUGCACAGCAGAUCUGUUAACGAUAAAGUAGCUAAAGUUUUGGCAGCACUACAAUCAUGUUCAAAGGGAACUCAGGCUUGCAUAAAUGCUGCUAGUACUGUUUCUGGUAUCAUUGGAGAUAUUGACACUACAAUUAUGUUUGCAACAGCAGGCACUUUGCACUCUGAGAGGGAUAAUGCAUCUUUCUCUGAGCACAGGGAGCAUAUUCUGAAAACAGCCAAAGCUUUAGUAGAAGACACAAAAACACUUGUUGCCGGUGCUGCAGGUUCUCAAGAUCAAUUGGCAGCAGCAGCCCAAAAUGCUGUUUCAACAAUUGUCCAAUUGACUGGAGUUGUGAAAUUAGGAGCAGAAAGUUUGGGUUCAAAUAAUCCUGAUUCACAAGUGAUGCUGAUGAAUGCUGUUAAAGAUGUUGCUUCUGCUCUCGGUGAACUUAUUCAGGCCACCAAAGCAGCAUCUGGAAAACCUAUUGAUGACCCUUCAAUGGGACAAUUGAAAGGCAGUGCUAGGGUAAUGGUAACAAAUGUAACAUCAUUGUUAAAAACCGUUAAAGCUGUUGAGGAUAAACACACAAGAGGCACACGUGCUUUAGAAUCUACAAUUGAAGCUAUCAGUCAAGAAAUUAAUAGUUUACAAAUAGAUGGUGCAAAGGGCAAAGGUACACCAGAGGAACUAGUUAGAGCUACUAAAUUAGUUACCCAAGCUACAUCUAAAGCAAUUGCUGCUGGAAACUCUGGAUCUCAAGAAGAUAUUAUAAUUGCUGCUAAUCAAGGGCGUAGAGCAAUUUCUGAUUUACUUGUUGUGUGCAAGAAUACUGCAUACUCCUGCACGGAAACAAUCGAAUUGCGCGAACAAACUUUGGAAGCUGGUAAUAAGGUUGCAACCCAUUAUCAAAGACUGCUUCAAGCAGUUUUGGCAGGAGCUGAAGGAAAAGAAAAUUUGCCACAUUUAUCAAGACAAGUAGCUCAAAGUGUUUCUGAACUGGUUUCUCUGGCCGAAACCCUUAAAGGACGUGAUUGGGUAGAUCCUGAGGAUCCAACAGUUAUUGCAGAAAAUGAGCUUCUAACAGCUGCAUCAUCUAUAGAAGCUGCUGCACGAAAACUUGCCAGUUUGCGACCAAGAAGAUCUGUAAAGGAAACCGAUGAAAAUUUGAACUUUGAUGAAAUGAUUUUGGAAGCAGCAAAAUCCAUUACUGCAGCUACUUCAGCUUUGGUUAAAGCCGCAAGUGAUUCACAACGAGAACUUAUUGAUCAGGGCAAAGUUGCCAGGCGUCUACAUAAAACUUCAGACGAUGGCCAAUGGUCAGAAGGUUUGGUUUCUGCUGCGAGACUUGUGGUGGCAGCAACACAAAAAUUAGUAGAUUCAGCACAAGCUCUUGUGCAAGGACAUGGUUCCGAAGAAAUGCUUAUUUCAUCUGCAAAACAAGUUGCUAGUUCCACUGCCCAACUUUUAGUUGCUAGUCAGGUCAAAGCCGAUCCUGAUUCACCCAGUUUUACAAGACUACAAGCAGCUGGAAAUGCAGUCAUUAGAAGCACGGAUAAUCUUGUGAAAUCAGCUCAACAAGCAAUUUCUGGAGAAGAUGAACAUUCACUUGUUCUUAACACAAGAAUGGUUGGUGGCAUCACACAGGAAAUAAAUGCCAGAUCUGAAGUAUUCCGAAUUGAAAAGCAAUUGGAAGAGGCUAGAAAUAGGUUAGCAGCCAUUCACCAAGCCAAGUAUCGUCUCCGCAAAACAGAUGAAGGCGAUCAAGAAUAUUACAGUGACCAAAAUGAUACCAUGAAUCAAAGUAGCCAUAUUGUGCAUUUAAAUAAUAAUAACCAAAGUAAUAAAGGAUUGAACUCCUCGUAUUUGGAUAAAUCUCAAACCCACACAAAUAGUAGAACUUUCAAUACAUACAAUAAUGUAAGUCCUGUCAGCUUUAUUAAUAAAAAUUUAUCUACAUCGGACAGUAGCUAUGAUGCAGUUAAAAAUGGCUCAGCACAUAAUACAGGGAGCAACGGUCAAAAUUAUAAGGGAUUUACAACUUUGUAUGAAACACACAGAUAUAACACUGAUUCAAGUCCGUUAUUAUGCACUCCGGAGCAAAUUCUCAAAAUUUAG